AAAAUUAUAACAAUUUUUUGAAAAUUGUGCAGAGCACUCAAGGUAUCCAAUUUUAUUGAAACUUGCAUUGUGUUGAUCCUGAAUCAUCGGCGAUGCGCGGAAAAACUUGUUAUAUCUUAUCACUGAGUCAUAGGAUAUUCGAGUGAUUGUACAUUGAUCUAAUCAGUUCUCGCUCGCGUUACAAAAGCUCGAAGGAUUGUAAAAGCUAUACAGAAAACGCAGUUACACGUCCACGUUAUAGAGAAAGGAAAGCGAGAGAAGACGGAAGGAAAAAGGAGUCACGGGAUAAAUAGUGGAGAGCCCACUGACUUGGCACAGGGGUAGAGACCAAGCCGGAGUUAUUAUAAAUGAGCAGAUCCGUGACCUAGGAAUAAGGAACAUCCUCGAAAAGGAGGGUAGAAAUAGAAAAGAAUCGAGAAGGAACAACCGGAAUCAGAACCAUGGAAUCCGCGGGAACCAGUAGACGGAUAAAAAGAAAUAUCGUGGCGGUGCUGCCACGCAAUUAUCCGACGGACCAAAUGACAUCGCAGGACAUCCCUUCCUAUCUGAAGGCCAUACGGCGAAUAAUCAAGAGAGUGGUUGAGCAGCAAAUAGACACGUCCCCCGAAUUCCUCAAUCAUGAAAUAAAGAACGGCGGCUUGAUUGUUACGUGUGCCACCGACUACGACGAGCAGUGGCUCAGUAGACAUAUCAACAAUGUACGAUUCAAAUAUAGACUCAAGGUAGACAGUCCGAUCGCUUUGGAAAAUAAAUUUCUAAUAGACGGCGAAGUUACCAACUUAGAAAAUACUAGAAAGAAUAUUUUGAAUAAAAUCGGCGCUUACAACCCUGACAUCGUAUUAACAGGUUGGAAAAUUGUUAAUGAAGAAAUGAACUACGUAAAAAUGACGAGAAUUAUCACAUUUGAGAUGGCUGACCGAUCGAUUAAAUGUUUGAGACGACUAAAAUAUAGACUUCGCCUAGACGAAUACGGGGUUGACGGAAUUAUCUUUGGCUUAGCUCGGCCAAUAAAAACGUCAUCACGCGGAAGACCAAAAUCAGCGGGACGCUUCAAGCAGGAAACAUCCUCGAACUCGCCGAUCGAUAACGUGAGACCUAGCACAAGUGCCGGAAUAGAUAUCAUAAAGAUGGAACCUCUGUAAAAGUUCUUAAGUGGAGCAAAAUAGGCCGAUUCAUCAGAAGAAAACUCAUAACCAAAUCGAAUGAGAAGAAAAUGGAAAUCCUUAAAACGGUGCUCUAGGAUGUCAUUAAUUAGACCUGAAAAAAGAAAUAUUCUAUUAUUUAAUAGAAUAAAAAGAGGAAAUAGAUAAGAAAAAACAAAACAGGAGUUGUGUGGUGCCAUAGUGAUCUAAUAGAUUAAAGAACUUAUAAACUAAGUGCAAAAGUUGUUGAAUAAUUUAUCGAUAUUAAUUAAUUCGAUAUGUAUGACGAUAGUCGUUUGCGUUCAUAUUUGCUUAUAUAAACAUACAGAUAUCGUAGUUAAUCUUGGAUGUUGUAUUUAUUAAUGGUUAAUAAAUUAUCAGAUUUAGU